GUUACUCGCCACUCUCUUGCCUGAACAGCCAUAUAGGCGUGUAUAUAUCAUUAUCGUUUCCAUCCAUGCUCUGCCCACCUCUCUGUAACGUCUUCAACCCGAAUUAUAUGUAACAAGAAAGCACUUCAGUCGCCAUGUCUCGAGUCCUGCUUCUAUGCUUUAUCCACGGCUUCAAGGGCAACGACGAUACAUUUCACGCUUUUCCUGAUGAUCUGAAAAGACUAGUAUCAAAGCAACUACCUGACCACCGGGUCGAGUCGGUCGUCUACCCCAAGUAUGAGACAAAGGGCGAGCUGUUGCAGGCCACCGAGGCAUUCUUGGCAUGGCUCCAAGAUAGGGUGAUAGACGUCAGGAAGGAGCAUGUGGAGAUGCCAUGGCCGCCGAAGGACAGAAGUGUAGGAGUCGUCCUUGUGGCUCACUCAAUGGGUGGCUUUGUCGCGGCAGAUGCCUUGUUCCUUGCUGUGAACAACAGAGCAUCAAACCAAGGCGACAAAGGCCCCAUCUUCCCGCUGAUCCAAGGGAUCCUAACAUUUGACACUCCAUACAACGGGCUGGCACGCUCCAUGUUCGUCUACGGCGCCUUCUCCAACUACUCAAAGGUCAGCAACGUCUUCAACGUCAUGACGGCCCUCUCCGCAGUCGCUCCUGCCAGCAUCAGCCGCCUCACGACCCGGCGCGCGGCAGCAGGGGGCGUGGCGGCGUCGUCGGGCUCGUCGUCGAACCCGGCCUGGACGGCCUGGCAGCUCGUCGCCGUCCGGACCGGCACGGUGGGCGCCAUCGCGGCCGGCGGCGUCGCGGCGUACACGCACCGCGAGGCCAUCCUCAGGGGCAUGCGCAGCGUCAAGAACCUCAACAGGGACUCGGUGGCCGAGGGAUACCGCCAGGGUAUGGGGGCGCUGGGACAGGGGCUGGCGUACAUAAACCGGGGGAACGUGGGGCGGUCCUUUGCCUGGCUGGCGGACCACUUCACCUUUGUCGGCGCGUUGAUGAGGCAGGCCGAGCUCAACAGACGCCUCGAGCGCCUGGGUGUCUUGAAGGGGGUCGGGAUCCACGACUUCUACUGCUCCCUCGGUGAGAACGGCUACUGGAGCGGCGGAUACUUCGUCCCAGAGAGGACGUUCUGUGCGGUCCCUGCUGACGACCACGCUGCAAACCCCCUCUUCUCGCGAUGUGUCAUUAAAGGGGCUGGUGACGAGGUCGAGGCUCACCUGAGCAUAUUCCAGCCCGAGAAGAAUGGCCGCUACCAGGAGAUGACGGAAGAGGCCGGGAAGCUGGUGAUAGCUUGGUUUCUCAGCGACGCCGAUGUCGUCGACGAUCCAAAGUUCCGAGAGCCGCCGCCCGAUGAGAUUGCCGAGAACUCGGCGAUCAGCGAAGUGCUUGAGAAAGGGGGAGCAGAAAUUCCACCGAGUGCUGUUCCCGAGGACGACGAUACUGCGGCUUCGAAGAAAGAAUUACCAGAUGAGUCGCCAAUCGACAUCGCUGCUGCCGCUUCACUAGUCCCAUUACCCGACGACAAGCAGGGAGAAUUGCUGGGAGAUACUAGCAUCGGCUUGGCGGACAGCGACGAGAAGAAGACAUACAUGAACCACCUCUUCCAGGUUGCACAACAGGCUGGGACGGGGAUCAAGGGCUUUUGGCCACCAAAUAUGCCCAACAUGCCCAACAUGCCGAAUAUGCCGAAUAUGCCAAAUAUGCCCCCAAUGCCCUCUAUGCCAGCAUCAAUGUCAUCAAUCGGACAAGUUUCAAUGCCGUCUGUCAACAUCUUCUCCAAGAAACAGCCGCCUGCAGCAGAGCCUGCGACCGGAGAGAUAGAGACGGAGAAGGAGACAGUAACGGGGACUCAACCUACUUAAGCAACAAGGGGGUUUGGUUUGGGUUUUCCAAGAAGGAUUUAUGACUAUUAUUGUGGGUCAAUUGUGGUUCAAGCGACAAUAGGAUUUAUAGAAAACAAUGUUAAUUUAGCUGUCCAAUUAAUCGAUCAUUACUGAGC